AUGGCGGGGUGCCUUGCCCGGGCCGCAGCGCCCAUGGCCGACCCUCUCCUUGCAGUGACCUCGCAGACGGCCACUGGUGCCCCGCGCCGAGAGGAGCCGCUCCGUGGGCAUGGGCAGAAGGACAGAGCCUCUCCAGACCCACAGCACUCCUUGCUGGAGGCACUCUCCUUGCUCAGCAGCGAUGACUGGGAGCUGAAGGAGGAGGGACUCUACAACAUCAAACACCUGGCUGGGUCCCAUUCAGAGGUCCUGCUUUCCAGACUUCAUGACGUUUGCUUGGCAGUUACCAACGAGGUGGCCAACCUCCGUUCCAAGGUGUCCUACUCUGCAAUUGUCACUCUGGGAGAGCUCUUUGUGACCUUGAAGAAGAACAUGGACUCUGAGGUGGAUGAGGUUGCUUGGGUCCUUCUGCAGAUGGUGUCCAACUCCCCAGAAUUUGUUCAGAAAGCAGCCAGUCAGACCCUGGGGAUCAUGGUGGAGAAUGUGACUCCUGCACGAGCAAUGACUGCUGUCAUGGACAUGGGAGUCAAGAGCCGUCACGCCCAGGUGCGGAAGUGUGGGGCCGAGCUCCUCCUGUCCCUGAUGGAGAGAAUUGGAGUCACAAAGCUGGCAGGCACAGCCAGGGCUGAGAGGCUGGCACACGUGGCAGGGAAGCUUGCUCAGGACUGUCACCAGGACACAAGGCAUUAUGGACAGAAGAUGGUGAAGAUGUUGCUCAAUCAUCAAAAAUUUAAAAUGCUUUUGGAGCGAUCUCUUUCCACCCAUGACCUGGAAGAUAUUCUGACAAGAAUGCAGAAGAAAGGGAUGGAAAACCAGAAGGCUGAACGCCCAUCUGUCAAGGAGCUGGUGAAGAAGAGGAACGAUGGCUCCAAGAAGCCCCAGGCCACAUUGUCUUCUAGCAAACGGGUGAAAUCUACCUCUGAUGGAUGCCUCCUACACCGUGCACAAGCCCAGGUCACGUUACCUCCGGUUGAGGAAGAAACGGAGCUGCUCCAGAAGCUUUACAAUCUCCUGGAGGCCAAGGGGUUUCAGACGCGCAUGGAAGGAGUGUCACUCCUCCAAGACCUGUGCAAAACCAGCCCCCAGCUCAUCUCCACUAACAUUGUCCAGAUUUUUGAUUAUUUUGUCCUGAGAAUAUCUGACAGCCACAAGAAAGUGAAGCAGAAGGCGCUGGACGUGCUGGCUGAAAUCACAGGUGUCCUGAAAGAUGCCUUGAACCCGGUGAUCAUUGGUUUGCUGGAAGGAAUAACAAAGAACCUGAACUCCAAGGACCCCAGGGUUCGUGCCGCAGCUGUGAAAGCGCUGGAAGAAUCCAUUGCUCAUUUAGGUAAGGCUGAGCCCUGGCAUGGACUCUCCUCACCUGUGUCUCUGUCUCUCUGACACAAGAGAGUGCUGAGUGCCUUGAUAGCUGCUGUUGUCUGUGGAAAGCUCCAGCUGGCAUCCCUCAGAAGCUGUGCAGGUGCAGUCCUUAUGCACCAGUCCCCCAACAGGCUUGAAUGUGAUCAGCAUUUCCCAAAAGUCCCAGGAGCCCUUGGCUCUGUGCUGCCUGUCUGAAGAGCAAGUCCCAGACUACAGCUUUGCUGCAGUUCAGAGGCAAAGGGGGUUUGGAGUUUGAUUGGGUCCCGUUUGACUUCCCAAAUGAAUAGCUUUGCUCUUGGCAUGAAGGGAGACUGACCCAUCAGAGCUCCUGCAGAGCAGCCACCGGGAAUGCUCUACAUGAUAGGCAUUAGCUGCCUAUUUACCCCUUUUCUUCUUUGUCUUCUAUUUUCAAAGGGGAACUUAGGAUUUGCCAAGUUCAUUUCUUUAUAACAAAUAGGUAUAAACCCAGCUGUCAAUGGUGCCUUGUUCCACAUGUUGUUUUGCAUGGGGCAAGAUGUCUACAGCAGUUAGCUACAUAGGCAAAGGCUGCCCUAAAUUCCUUUGCCACACAGAUUUAUGUCAGCUCUGAAAAUGCCACACUGGGGAAAUGUGCCUGAAAAUAGGAGUGUUGAAGAGGCAGGUCUUCAAGGGGAGUUGCCACUUUCUCCUCCUCAGCUGCUCUGUGAACUCAGGAACUGCCUGACUCGGUGCCUUUCUGUGUCCCAAGUAUGGGGUUCUUCCUUUUUGCUCUGGGAUGCAAAACCAUUUCACUACUUACAUGUGACUGAACUCUUGAGGUCCCUGAUGGGAAAUGUUUUAACAUAGCUCCUGAUACAGAAGACAACUUUGCAUUUACAAAUGUGAAAGGAGAGCUUUUCUUUUGCAAUUUAAAACCUUGCCAAGCAGGCUGGAAGGAAUGAAGAAAAGGAUUCAAAAACCAGCAGAAAUGUACUUUAUUUUAUAGAAUGGGGUUGCCCCUGCCCUUUCCCUCUGCACUGUCCCUUGUCCUAUGGCCUCAGAAAAGCGAGCAGAAACAUGUGUUUCACUUGUAGAUAAAGUGUCACUGCUGAAGGAGUUCAGCUACCAGUGGAAUCACCUGAGUGGCCAAGCUCUGCUGGAUGUCACGGAGUGUAUCACAGGUAUGGCCUCCCCUUCUAGGCCAAGAGGUCUUCCCAGGGAGUAUUUACAGGCAAUGCCUGUGAACAGA